AUGGGCGCCGAGUCAAUGCCAACAACGACAAUGACAACGACAACAGCAGCAACAGCAACAGCAACAGCAGCAACCUCGCACCCACACGAGCCCUGCAAACGACGACGAGGGUCAUCCUUCUUCGGCCUAGACGGAUCCAACCCCAACCCCAACCCCAACCCGGGCCACACGCAGCCCACCACCACCAGCAGCGCCAACAAUAACGCCCACAAUAAUCGUGGUCAGGACAGCCACGAUUAUUCCUGGUCAAUAAAGAAGUUUCUGAGCCGCCAUACAGGAGGAGUAUGUACGGAGUACUACGGAGUACACAGCCUGCUAUUUAUCUACCUACCUACCUACCUACCUACCUAUCUACUUGCUACUUGCUACUCCCUAAAUAUGAUCCCGGACUGGGACUGGGUAUAUUACGGUCUACUACGGAGUGCGGAGUGUCAUACUCAUCUCACCAUCUCGAUUCCAUGCUUACUUACUUACGGAGUACCUACCGGUAUAUGGCCGGCUGAUCCAUCCAUCCAUCCAUGCCACCUCAAUCAAACAGGGCAAGUCAGUUCAUUUCUCGGAGAAGGUGGUGGUGGUAGUGGUAGUGGUACUGGUGCAGUGGAUAUCGUCGGGUUCCGCAGGACUUUCCAUCCUUCCCACUCCUUCGCACGGCGCAACUUCUAUUGGACCAUCUGUAACUCUUAUCAGUACUCUUGGCGUUGGUUUGGUUUUGAUCCGAUUCCGGGGGUUCUCGGCGGUACUUUGGGUAGUAAUGGGUUGGAAUAG